CUCAGUUAACGUAAACUAAAACUCUACUUCAACAUGUCUGGACGCGGUAAAGGAGGCAAAGUCAAGGGAAAGGCAAAGUCCCGUUCAUCUCGUGCUGGUCUCCAGUUCCCGGUAGGCCGUAUUCACCGUCUACUGCGCAAGGGAAACUAUGCCGAACGCGUCGGUGCUGGUGCUCCCGUGUAUCUGGCCGCCGUGAUGGAAUAUUUGGCUGCUGAAGUGUUGGAAUUAGCAGGAAAUGCUGCCCGUGACAACAAGAAGACCCGAAUCAUUCCACGUCAUCUGCAAUUGGCCAUCCGUAACGACGAGGAGUUGAACAAACUUCUGUCCGGUGUCACCAUUGCCCAGGGAGGUGUCUUGCCAAACAUUCAAGCCGUUCUGCUGCCCAAGAAGACCGAAAAGAAAGCCUAAAUAAUUUUCACCACCUAUCGAACAAAAACCGUCCUUAUCAGGACGAACAAAAUUGUACAUGAUGAGUUAAAGUUUUUUUUGAAUUGCAUGUAAAACUAAUUCAAUCUAGAAUUUGUACGUUUAGUUGUGGAAAGUACCAACAUUUCAUUGGUUUGAGAUUUUUACCAAAGUAGAAAGUAACAUUGAAGAACUCGUUUUGUUCGCUCACUCUGAUUAAUAACUAAAAUAUUUUUACAUUUUUCAUGAUACUCUGGGCAUAGUAAGCUACUUAAAAACUUUUAUAAUUAAUGAAAGAGGAGAUAAAUCACUCAAUAUUAUUUAGGUCCUUUUGAAAAGUUACGCGAGAAAUAUCAAAUUAUACUAAUUGCUGCCCUUCAAAUUCAAAGAAUA